UCAUUCGGUUCAUUUUGUUGGUUUCAGACACCACUUGUCACUCUGCUGCUGAUAAGAAAACUAUCAGAGAGAAUUUUCUCAGUAUUUGAUUUUAGUAACCACAUACAUGGUACCGCUCAAAUGACAUUCUGCCAAGGGAUUUUCCAUCGAAUGAAACCAUGGGGUUUUCUAUGGUUGUGUUUAUUUAUAGGAGUAUAUGGUCUCAAUACAGCUCUUUUAGCACUUCAUUUCGUUUACAGAUACAUUGUUGUGUGCAGGUCAGUACUUUGUCUAGAUAAUGUUAUACCAAAAAAAGUGGAACCGAACAAUACAACAAUUUAUUGGCUACCGACCAUAGGCAUGGGCCUGAACUUCCUUAUGAUGAUAGUCACAUUCGCUCUGAUGUUUUUCUGUGGCUUCAAAAUAUAUUUUGCCUUGGAGAAAUCCUCGAUGAGCAAAAAAUCAAAAGUACUUCAAACUCAGCUUCUAAAAGCAGUGGCCAUUCAGGUACCUUGCUUUGACAAGAGGAUUUUGAAGUACAUAGAUUCUUUAGUAACAUAG